AUGGCUACUCUUUCAGAUAUUGCCGUGUCAGCUGCUAUUAAUAGCCUAUCCGCAAUACUCUUUCUUGUGGCAUUUGCUAUAUUGCGGCUUCAACCCGUUAACGAUAGAGUUUACUUCCCAAAAUGGUAUCUUAAGGGCAUACGAGAUAGUCCAACCGUAUCUGGAACUUAUAUGAGAAAAUUUGUUAAUUUAGAUGUUAAAAUGUACUUAAAGUUCUGGAAUUGGAUGCCUGCUGCCUUAAGAAUGCCAGAGCCAGAACUUAUUGAACAUGCAGGACUUGAUUCUGCAGUUUAUAUCAGGAUUUACCUUCUUGGGCUAAAGAUAUUUUUCCCUAUCUCUGUACUUUCAUUUGGUGUGUUGGUGCCUGUUAAUUACACUGGGGAGAAUUUCGAUGAAAUGAGAACGAAUAUGCAAGAUCUAACGUUUAGUGAUAUUGACAAACUUUCCAUAUCUAAUGUAGCCGCUGGAUCAAACAGGUUGUAUGCGCAUAUAGUAAUGUGUUAUGUCUUCACACUUUGGACGUGCUACACCCUUUACAAAGAAUACUUGAUUGUAACCAAAAUGAGGUUGCAGUUUCUUGCUGGUGAGAGCCGUCGUCCUGAUCAAUUUACCGUUCUUGUGAGAAAUGUUCCCCCAGAUCCCGAUGAAUCAGUUAGUGAGCAUGUUGAACAUUUCUUUUGUGUUAAUCAUCCUGAUCAUUAUCUUUCACAUCAGGUAGUGUACAAUGCAAAUACUCUUGCAAAUAUGGUGGCAACAAAGAAGAGCCUGCAAAAUUGGCUUACGUAUUACACCAACAAGUUCGAGAGAAAACCUCAAAAAAGGCCAACAACCAAGGCAGGUUUUUGGGGUCUGUGGGGAAAAAAUGUUGAUGCAAUUGACUUCUAUACCGAAAAAAUCGAGACUCUAAGCAAAGAAGAGGAAGCCGAAAGAGAGAGAGUGUUAAAUGACCCAAGUGCUAUUGUUCCAGCAGCAUUUGUUUCAUUCAGAUCACGAUGGGGUGCAGCUGUUUGUGCUCAAACAACCCAAUCACACAAUCCCACUGUAUGGCUCACAGAUUGGGCUCCUGAACCACGUGACGUUUAUUGGGAAAAUCUUGCCAUACCAUUCGUGGAACUUAAUCUACGAAGAUUACUCAUGGCUGUUGCUUUAUUUGGUCUUACUUUCUGCUUUAUGGUCCCUAUAGCCUUUGUCCAAACUCUUGCUAAUAUUGAGGGAAUUGAGAAGGUUUUUCCCUUUUUAAAGCCUCUCAUUGAAAUGGGAUCAGUCAAGUCUAUCAUUCAAGGUUAUCUUCCUGGGAUUAUACUAAAGAUAUUCCUUAUUCUUCUUCCUACGAUUAUAAUGACCAUGUCAAAAAUAGAGGGUUUUACUGCAUUGUCAACUUUGGAGACACGUUCAGCCGGGAAAUACCACCUAUUUUUGCUUGUGAAUGUGUUCUUAGGAAGUAUCAUCACCGGAACAGCUCUUCAACAACUUAAAGAGUUCUUGAAUCAGUCCCCAACUGAGAUUCCAAAAACUGUUGGUGUGUCGAUACCAAUGAAAGCCACAUUCUUUAUAACAUAUGUCAUGGUAGAUGGUUGGUCAGGCGUUGCUGCAGAAAUCUUCAGAAUGGUUCCGUUGAUCAUUUUUCACUUGAAAAACGCGUUUUUAGUGAAAACCGAAAAGGACAGAGAGGAAGCAAUGGACCCUGGUUGUUUGAGUUGGGCAAUAAAUGAGCCUCGGAUACAAUUGUACUUUCUGCUCGGAUUAGUGUACUCGGCUAUCACCCCUAUAAUACUCCCCUUCAUUGUUGUAUUUUUUGCCUUCGCCUAUGUGGUUUUCCGUCAUCAGAUUAUCAAUGUGUAUGAUCAGAAGUACGAGAGUGGUGCAACAUUUUGGCCAGAUGUUCAUCGCCGAAUAAUCAUUGGAUUGAUGAUAUCGCAAUUUCUAUUCUUAGGACUGCUGAACACGAAAAAGGCAACUAAUGCAACAUAUCUUUUGAUUCCACUUCCUAUCUUGACCUUCUGGUUCUUUAGAUUUUGCAAGGGGCGAUUUGAAUCUCAAUUCAGACGAUUCCCAUUAGAGGAUGCAAUGAAAAAAGAUACACUAGAAAAGGCGACAGAACCAAACCUUAACUUAAAAGUCUAUCUCCAAGAUGCAUACGUGCAUCCGGUUUUCAAUGGAUCAACAGAAUUUGAAAGACCAAGAGCGGUGGAUGAAGAAGAAAACAGUCCACUAGUUGUAACAAAAAGGAGUUUACAAAAAGAUGGUAAACAUGAAAUCGAAGAAGACAUUUCUGAGGAUAUAAUUGAGACCCCCCAAGGGAAGUUCUAAACCAGAUCCGUCAGUGAUCAUAGUUAUGGACAAGCUGUGAAAUUGCUAUGUGAAAUGAAGUAGAAGAAGUGUAUGGAACUCGGAACUGAGUCAAGAGCAAAGUUAAGCUAUGACAUUGUUAUAUCCCAUCCCGAAAUUCAGUUGUUCAGCUGAUCAUUAAAAGAAGAUUUUGUCAGAGAUCAGUUAUGUAAAUCAUAUAAGUUUUUCUUUCAACAGUAUGACUAGCAAUGUUUUAAAAUGUAGAGGGUUAAUUUAGAAAAUCAGUUUAUAUCAAUUAAC